AUGGACGUGAUAAUCGAGAGCAAGAAAGAUGGGGAGAGCUUUCAGUUCGAGUUAGAGAUCUGGUUUUUCUCCACAGUACUGGAGAUCAAGGAGAAGAUUCACAAGUACCAUGGCGUGCCAGUGGACAAGCAAACACUCUACAUCCAUGGAGCCGCCAUGGAGAAUGAUCGAGACACGGUGUAUUACGAAGUGCUCCAAGGAUCCAAGAUAAAGCUCGUCGUCGAUGAAGAAGCCGAACAAGAACACUUGGAGGAUGGGGAUGAGAUUAUGGAUCAACAGAGAACUUUGAAGAAGUAUGGGGUUGCAAAGGGAAUGAAGGUGAUUGUGGUCAUGAGGAGGCAUGCGGCGGAGGCUGCAGCAGGGAAGAAAAUGACUGUGAUGGUGUUGGUGAGGUGGACAUCAAUAAGUAAGAUAGGGAUGGAGGUGAAUGUGAUGAAGAAUGUGAGGGAGUUAAGGAAAGUGUUGGAAAGGUUGGAGAGUUUGGGCUGA